GUAGGAGUUAUCCCACAUACGAACUAGUUAAUGAUUAAAAUUAAUGGGCAUGAUUUACACGGUUGAGUCUCAGCAGCUGACUUCAGAAGCGACUUGAUUGCAUUAAUAUCCUGCGGGCCGUGCUGAGGCAUCUUUCCUUGGGCAGGGGUGGUUAACAAUCAUAUCGUUCAGACCAGUGAACCGUGAAUAUACUCGAGGAUUGACCGUGAUGAUCAGGCUCAGGGGGCCUACGUCGUAGCUGUAGGUGGUUCCGUAUAAGAUUGGCUUAGGGUGGUUCUUGAACGCUACUAUGAGUACGAGGAGAAAGGUCAUCGGUUACGAUUAUGAUAUUCGAUCUUCCACACUAGUAGUAGUUGAAACGCGAGAGUAACUUCGGUACGGACUUUGGUACUUUAUUAUUGCUAUUCAAGCCCUUAUUUGCUGGUUUCCUCAAUUGAAUUGUACAUUAAUUCCAAGACCAACCUCUCCAGCAACAGGACAACCACAGAGUUGACAAGGACAAUAGUGAAAAACACAGAUUUGGUGAGGAUUGAGGAAGGAUAUCCUGAACAAGAAGACUCUGUGGACGACCAAAAAAAAGCACCAAUAAAGAGUUGAACGGAAAGGGCAACGCAGAUCACAGGCCAGGAAAAAGGCAACACCUUGCGUGUAGGCUCUCUCAGGUAGUCUGGGAUCCUUGCGUGUGACUCGUUGCCUGCAAUCAGAGAUAAACGUCGCAGCAGAAAACUAGGAUGUCUAAGAAGAGUCAGAUGAAAUGGAAGAACUUGAGACCAGUUGCUGGGGUUGCGAUAGUUUAUCUUGUAGCUGCGGUGGUAGUUUCAGCAGAACACAUACCGGAGCAGGUUAUUUCAGAAAAUAAUGGGACAGCCAAAGUGUAUGCAUCAAAUUAUUUGUGGCAAAAUGGUGUAAUGAAUUAUCGUCAUGUUUGGCCUGAGAUGAAGUUUAGCUGGCAAAUUGUGGUUGGCACAGUAAUUGUUUUUUUUGCGGCUGCUUUAGGAAGUGUUGGAGGCGUUGGUGGAGGCGGGAUUUUUGUGCCCAUGCUUGCUUUGAUUAUUGGAUUCGAUCCAAAAUCAUCUACAGCCAUAUCAAAGUGUAUGAUCACAGGUGCAGCAGGUGCAACUGUUUACUAUAAUCUCAGGCUCAGGCAUCCUACACUUGACCUGCCUAUCAUUGAUUACGAUCUAGCUCUUCUUUUCCAACCAAUGCUAGUGCUUGGGAUCAGUAUUGGAGUUGCUUUCAAUGUGAUUUUUGCUGAUUGGAUGGUUACAAUUCUUUUGAUCAUUCUCUUCAUAGGCACAUCAACUAAGGCAUUCUUGAAGGGUGUGGAAACAUGGAAGAAAGAAACAAUAAUGAAGCAGGAGGCUGCUAAAUUCUUGGCAUCCGGUGGUACUAGUGAUGAACCAGUAUCCUACAAACUUUUACCUGGUGGACCAAGUGGCAGCAUUUCAAUAAAGCAAAAUGUGAUUGAAAAAUCAGAGGUCUCAAUUCUUGACAAUGUCCGUUGGAAGGAGUUCUGUAUACUCAUCGGUGUCUGGGGAAGUGUACUUUUUCUUCAGAUUACCAAGGAGGAGUACACCAAAACCUGUUCCACGGCAUAUUGGAUACUGAACUUGUUGCAGAUUCCAAUCGCCAUUGGAGCAUCCGCAUAUGAGGCCAUUGGCUUGUAUAAAGGAAAAAAGGUGAUUGCAUCCAGGGGUCAAGCAGGAGCGGAUUGGAGCAUAUACCAACUGGUUCUUUGUUGUUUAUGUGGAAUUUUGGCUGGUAUAGUUGGUGGCCUGCUGGGACUUGGUGGAGGGUUUAUUUUGGGUCCCUUAUUUCUGGAGCUUGGAGUUCCUCCUCAAGUGUCAAGUGCUACUGCCACUUUUGCCAUGACAUUCUCCUCAUCCAUGUCGGUUAUUCAAUAUUACCUUUUAAGACGUUUCCCGGUGCCAUAUGCGGUAUAUUUUGUGAGUGUGGCUACAGUAGCUGCCCUCGUAGGGCAACAUGUGGUACGAAAGAUGAUUAGCGUACUAGGGAGAGCUUCUCUGAUCAUUUUCAUUUUGGCUUUCACAAUUUUCGUGAGCGCAAUAUCAUUGGGUGGGGUUGGCAUACCAAACAUGAUCGACAGGAUUGCAGGAAAAGAGUACAUGGGUUUUGACGAUAUUUGUGCAUAUGAUUUCUAGUGCUGAACCACAUGAGAGCCGCGGCUCGGGUGUUGUUAUUCUCCCCAAUAGUGUUGGGCUGUGUCUUGUCCUCUUUGAUAGCUUUAACUUAUUAUGUCCAUAGUACAAUGUAGCUUUCUCCCCCUACUGGAAUUUGUAGUUUUGUAACUCAUUUUCUAAGAUUGCUGUUUCACUUUCAUACUUCAAGAAUUUUUUAGUUUUCA